UACGGUCCAACCCCAGGCUACCCAGCUCCGGCGCGAACGUCAGCUCCUUCGGCAUCAGCAACGAUGCUGGGCGGGCCUGUUCUACCAGCUAUCUCCGAGCUCCAGCGACACCCAGACCCCUCCUCUCAUCCUCAGUUUCGCCCAUUGUACACUGGACCCCCUGGCCCCGGUCCUGGUCACCAUGGUCCACCUGGCUCAAAUCGAUCGCCUCCUCACCAGGUCAUAAAGCGACAAGCUUCCCAAACGCCCCUUGCGGAUGAGAGCCCCGCCAAGAAGCAGUCGAAAUGGACGCCAGAAGAAGAUAAUCUCACCAUCGAACUGCGAGGCCAAGGCAUGAAGUGGGACGACAUUGCGAAGCGUCUUCCUGGAAGAAGCUCCAUCUCCUGUCGACUACGCUACCAGAACUACCUGGAGAAGCGAGCUAUCUGGGACGAGGAGAAGAAGAACAAGCUUGCGCGACUUUACGCUCGCUUCAAGGAUCAGAUGUGGCAGAAGGUGGCCACUGAGAUGGGUAUCCCUUGGCGAUCGGCCGAAUCCAUGCACUGGCAACUAGGAGAGCAAGAGAUGAGCGCACGUGCGAACGCUCCAGUUUUCCAGCUUCAUCCUUCCGCGACAUCGAACGGCUCCCCUUCGCAGAGCAACGCUGUGCCCGCACAAGCACCGACCCCUACCUCGCACGGCUUCACUCCCGCAAACGCCGCGCCGUUGAUGCCUACUCCUCCCCCAGUACCUGCACAGCAAUAUCAGGUCACUGCCCAGCCCCACCAACAAGGACCGAUUCACGCCUUCCACCAGCGCACCGACAGCGGAUCGAGCCAAGGCCGACGCAGGAACGACUCCUUCAGCCGCCGACGCGCAAACACACUGUCGAGAUCCAGCGUCCCGCCACAACUCAGCCAGCCUCUACCACAAAUCCAUCCAGCUUCUGCGGAAGACUUGGUCAGUGGAGCAAGGACAGCUCCUGCGCCAAGUAUCCAGUCAGACAUCAAGCGCGAGGGGUUCAGCUAUAUAGAGCCGUACCAGAAGCGGUGGGAAGGUGGUACUACGGGUCCAACCCCAUCAGAUUUAGACACAUGCAGCCAGGGGGGCAAGAGUCCAGACAGACAGUCGCAGCGCAGUGCAACGGGAAGCAUCAAGAGUUUCAAACGCGAGUCUGGAGACUUCGAGCGGCCGGCGACCACUGCACUGCCUUCGCCGCCU